AUGCCCUCUCCCGUCCCGCCCCUCUCGCUCCUGCUCCUCGCCUCGCAGCUCCCGCGCGCCGCUUCGCAGAGCGCGUGUGUCGUCGAGCACUGCGGGGCGCAGCUGGCCCGCUGCCUCGCCGACACGGCUUGCAGAGGCUGGAGCCUUUGCAACGCCGGCUGCGGGCUGGGCACCGAGGCUCUGGCGUGCAACCAGCGGUGCGCCGAUCUGCACACGCCGCUUCGCGGCUCACCGGCCAUCGACGCCUUUUCAAUUUGCACCAUCUCGGACCAUCACUGUGUGCCACAGCGGCGCCAGCGCUGCGCCGUGCCGCGCAACACGCUGCCUGCGCUCGAGCUUGCGGCGUUCGAGGGCGACUGGUGGGUCACGCGCGGUCUCAACCCCAUCUUUGACUGCUUCGACUGCCAGCGCCACACCUUCUCACUCGGCGCGGCGGGCGAGCCCAAGCGGCUGCACGGCGCCCUCCGCUACUCGGUCAAGCGUGACCUGCACUGCUCGUUCCCGCAGCGCUGCGAGUACGUGCGCCGUGAGGUUAACCAGUCCUUUGCCCAGUCAAACGCCACCGGCCACCUUGCCAACCAUGGGAAUCCGCCCGCCCAGCUGCACUAUGCUGACGACUGGUAUGUGAUCGCGCACCGGCCCGAGACCUACAUUUUGGUCUACUACUGCGGCUGCAACGAUGCCGACUGCGGGUACUCGGGUGCGGUGCUGUACACGCGCUCACGAUCCGGCGCGCUCGAUGCGGCGGACAAAGCGGCUGUCGCGGCGGCGGCAAGGGCGGCCGGCGUCGACGGCUUCGAGCUCUCGGCACUGUGCACGCCUGACAACCGCGCGUGCCCCGGCUGCGGCAGCACCGGACCGAUUUUUUACGUGUUAAAAUAG